UUGGAAAGCUACCCUUCUGUAACAUAGCAACCGAAAUACAAUCAACACAAAUUACCGCAACUGAAUAAUUUAAUACGUCAAGUUAGGUUAACACGUUCUAAACGAACUUUCACAGAAGUAUAUUUAUUUUACCAGAUUUUUAUGUAGCGUUUGUGAAACAAAAAUGAAUGGCUUGUCAGACGAAAUGUAUUGCUCAGAACAAAUAUGUAUUCCCCCAUCAUUUCCUUAUUUGUUGGGGCAAUAUGCAAAAGCUGCUAUCAGGACCCAACCCAGCGACCUUUUAAAAUGGUCAACAGCUUAUUUUAGAUGCCUCUCACUAAACAUACCACCACCAGUUAAGCCUAGGCUUGAAUAUCCAGUACCGCGUGAUUUUCAUGGUAUAACACCUGGAUGGCUAAAGGCGCUAAUCUAUCAGCUUCAAAAUAAUCUCACUAUACCAUUUAAGAUCUUAUGGGACAGAUGGAUCGGUGCUUGUCUUAAACAUCAAACCCUGAUACAGCUUCUUUGCUUAGGUGGUUUUGAUGAUCCUCAAGCAAUAAAUUGGCCCAAAUUUAUUGCCCUUUGUGCAGGCACAUUAUCAGAUGACCUAACUCAUACAAUGAUCCUGAUAUGUGAGAUACUGACUGAAGAACCUGAAGGCGGCUCUGCAAUGAUAACGCUAGAAACAUUUGUUAACCUUUACACUUUUUUGGCAAAAAUUGAUGCAUCUUCAGACCAAAAUUUAAGGAAUUACUUUUUCCGAGAUUCUUUACUAUCUUUAUGGAAGGACAAGGUUGAAAAACUUGAAGAAAAAGAAAUAGAGCGUGAAACUGAGGUAUUAGAAAUUGAGGAAAGUUUGGUAUCCAAGCAAUCAAGUGUAUCAGAAUUGGAGUCCAAAGUAGAUGACGCAGAUAGAGUUGUUUCUUGUCCCAGCUUACCAGAAGAUGACCAGUACUCUAUCGAUUAUUUACUCAAAGAAGAACAAGUCGAAGAAGAAGAGGAGGAAGAAGAAGGAGAAGAACACAUUGAUGGCCAAUCAUCCUCACAAGGAAAAAUGCUAGUGGAAGAUAUUGAGCAACAUCAAGAAGAACAGGGUGAAGAAGAAAGCAAUGAAGGAGUCGCUAAAGAAAAAAGUGCAAGUAAAUUAAAAGAAAAAAAGUCUGACAAGGACUUAGACAGCUUAGGUGAGCCCAAAGAUGACGAAGCUGAAGAAGAUGUUGUUAAAGAAAAAAGGGCGAGCAAUGAUAAAGAUGAAGAAGCAGACAAGCCUGUUGAUAAUGAAAAUAUUGAUGCAAAAGAGGCAGAAGAUGGAGGUGCUGCUGAAGCAACAGAAGUCCCGGAAGGUGAAGUCAAAGAAGAAGUCAAGCAAAUAGAACAAGAAGAUGUCACUAAAGACGAAGGUGAUUUGGCCUUAAAAGAAUAUGAGUCUGUAGACACUAUAGUUGACCAACCUGUUCGAGACCUUGAACAUAUUUUUGAAGACGAUGCCAACUUAAGGGAAGAUCUGGAAAGAUUAAGGGCGUUGCAACAAGAAAUGGCGGGUGAAACCGAUGAAGAGCUUGAAAAAUUUAAAUGUAGAUUGAUUGCAGAGAUGCCCCUUAGUCAGUCUCAAGAGGAAGGUAUUAAACAUUUUGCAACUGCUGCAGAAAAACUAGAGGACCAUUCCAGUGAGGAGAAAUUAAAAACAAUUAGUGGAGAACGGGUGUUAAAAAGUGAUGAAGGUAGCACCAGCACUGUUGAUGAAGUAGAUGGAAAGGGGCCAUAUGAAGAAGUGGUUGUAGAAGCUAUUCCAGGAAUUGGAGGCAUUGUGCCAGAUAAUCUUAUUAUGGCAGUUGUGGAGUACAUGAAAAAUUGCGCAAAAAAUCAACAUGGAAUGGUAAUGCCUAGGAACAUUAGGCAUUAUAACUGCCCACCUUUAGAGGUUUUAGAUAAUUAACACAGCUGAAUAUUGUAUUUGAGAAUUUUAUAAUAUUAUUUUAUUACAUAUAGUGGUGGUAUAUUAUAUUAUUAUCAGUCUUAAUAAAAAGCAAAAUGAUUGA